GCGAAGGCAGAUGAUUAGGAGUCGCCUCGUGUCGUGGUCAAUGGUUCUGCACUUCACUGGCCAGUGACUCAAUUGUGCUGGGUCAGUUCUCGGUUUGGUUCCCUUAGGAAGAAGACAUUUGCCUUCUAUCUUGUACAGCAGGGGAUCUUGCUAACAGGUAGACAAAUGGAACAUGGUGGCGCAGAAGCAGUAAUAAUUGGGGGCAUGGUUCUGGAUAUUCACGCCACCCCUUCCAUGCCAGCAAAUCCAAGGACUACUACUCCCGGCAGGGUCCGUUAUAUCCUAGGAGGUGUAGCAAGGAAUGUCGCAGAGUGCAUGUCAAAGCUAGGAGCAAAGCCAUACAUGAUUAGUGCUGUCGGGCUUGACAUGCCAGGAAAUCUCUUGUUUGAACGGUGGAAGUCUGCUGGACUAUCUAUAGAAGGUAUUUUGAAGGACAGUGACAUUGAGACUCCAGUUGUUUGUAAUGUAUUUGAUGCUAAUGGUGAAGUAGCAGCAGGUGUUGCUAGUGUGGAAGCUAUUGAGAAAUAUCUGACACCAGACUGGAUCUUGCACUUCAAGAGCACCAUAGAUACUGCUCCAUUGUUGUUGGUUGAUGCAAAUCUGAAUCUUCCUUCUCUACGAGCGUCUUGCAAAAUAGCAGCAGACUCAGAGUGUCCUGUCUGGUUUGAGCCAGUGUCAGUUACCAAAUCCAAAAGAAUUACUUCAAUUGUCAAGAAUGUAACUUAUACUUCUCCUAAUGAAGAUGAGCUCAUUGCCAUGGCAAAUGCUUUAUUUGGUGCUGAUGUAUUUCAUCCUCUUAAAGCCAAUCAUAACCUGUCAACAGUAUCUUUAUUUAAUAUGCUGAAACCUGCAAUCUGGGUUUUACUAGAGAAAGGUAUUAAAGUGGUUGUUGUGACCCUUGGCUCAGAAGGGGUGCUGUUAUGCUGUAAAGGAGGGCCAAGCCACAUUAGAAGUCCUCUAAAGAAAACCACACGAAGUGGCUCUAGUGAAAAUUUAUAUAAGAUCAUUAUGCAAAAGUGUCCACCAAAUUGGUGUUUUGGUGUUUCAGAGCCUGAUAGAAGCUCUCGUCUUUUUGCUGUUCAUUUUCCUUCACUCCCUGCAUCAGUUGUGAGGCUGACUGGGGCUGGGGAUUGUUUAGUUGGUGGAACACUCGCAUCAAUUUGUGCAGGAUUGGAUAUUAUGCAGAGUGUAUCUAUAGGCAUUGCCGUAGCUAAAGCUGCUGUUGAGGUUGAGGCUAACGUCCCUUCUGCUAUCAGUCUGGCGGCUAUAGCAGAUAAUGCCAAAACUGUAUACUCUGGUGCCAAAGUGCUCUUCCACCAGUCAAUGCUGUAAAUUCUGGAUGUGGACCUUGGGUUAGUUGGAUGGUGUUUUGGGGAUAAGAAACAAUGAGGGAGCCUUAAAGUUUAAACUACUCAAAUUACGGCUUAAGGCAAGGGGAUGUCUUUAAUGGAGGAGGUGAGGAAGAAGAAAGAUUAUCCUUUAUGGGCUGAUCAGAAGAGAGACUUUAAGCUUGCCAAAUUGCUACAGUGGAGAAUGGGUAUCUCCAUGAGAAUUUUUGUGGAAAGCUGAUUGUGUCCACCACUCCGCCUCCUUCCUUCCCAAGUGAAAUAUCUGGAGCAUACGAGGAGAAUAGGAUUCUUGAGCCUCCUGCUGAUUGGAAAAUAAGAUAUUAAGACAGGUUAAGUAGAACUAUGUCACAUGCAAAACGUAAAGUGAUACAGGAGCGCACUGUUUGAAUUGUGGCACACCUUGUAGUUUUAUUUUUCCCAUCAGGCAUUCAGGUUGCCCUCCUCCUUUUCUUUAUCUCAUUUUCUGAGUCCCAGCUCUAACCACAUGGGCACAGGGUAGCUAGUCCUUCUUCUUACUUUCUA